AUGGUCUUCUCAGAUUUCUCCAAAGCCCGCCGCGAGGUCGAGGCAGAGGGCGUCUAUAUUGGUGGGUGGGGCAUCAGAAAUGCGAUCAUACCUCGCAAGAAGGGCGCUGCCAGCCAGGACAGAGCCGAGGAGGUCAAUGCCGUCAAGGACUGGACCGACGACGAAGAGCGCAAGCUCGUCAGGAAGCUGGAUCUUCGUGUCUUGUUUCCUUGUUGUAUCGUCUAUUUCCUGGCUUAUUUGGAUCGCGCCAACAUGGGCUAUGCUGCUACCAUGCAAAGCAAGAAGCCUGACAACAUCAAUCUUGAUCUCGGCCUGGUAGGCACGCAGUUCAACUGGGCAGUCUCAAUUACCUACUUUACGGUCACUGUACUCUUGCUACCUUCGAAUCUUCUUAUGAAGAAGAUUUCUGGCAAGCUCUACUUUCCCCUGAUUAUGGUCUUGUUCGGCACGGUCGUCUGCGCGAUUAGUGCUUCGAAGAAUGGUCCAGGCCUGCUAGCUGGUCGCUUUUUCUUAGGAGUGCCAGAAGCCGGUGUCGUCCCAACAUGCAUAAUGUACUUCAGCUUCUGGUACAAACCAUCGGAGAGAGCACUUCGAAUUGGCAUCUUCCAUGCUGCUAAUUCGUUGGCCUCCGGUGUCGGUGGCUUUUUGGCGGUUGGCAUCGACCACCUGAAUGGUGUUGCUGGACUGGCAAGCUGGAGAUGGCUGUUCAUCAUAGAGGGACUGAUGCCAAUUGUGAUGGCAGUCCCUGUCUACUUCCUCCUCUUGACCUUCCCAGAAAAUUCAAAGGCACUUAAUGAGCGAGAACGGCACAUUGCCAUCAAUCGAUUCGGCCGUGGCGCUACACGUCAGACCGAUGCUACCUGGUCGUGGCCGGUGUUCUGGCAGGUCAUUACGCGACCCAGUACCCUCAUCUUCUUUGUUGCGUAUGUCUGUGUCCUCAUCGUUGCCACGAGCCUGGGAACGUUCCUUCCGGUCAUCUUCAACACAUUCCUCGGAUUCAACUCAACCAAAGCAAACAUCUACACCAGUUUGAUCUACUUCGUAGCUCUGGUCGAGUACUGGGUAUGGAGCAAACACAGCGAUAUGACGCGAGAUCGCAUGUGGCACUACCUCAUUCCAAUCAUAAUCGCCAUCCCAUGUUUUGCUGUGUGGACGCAUGUGUCUAUACACGAGUCUUAUGGCAGCAUUCAGCCUAUCGCGCUGUACGGACUUGCCUUCCUCGGCAAAUCGGUCUCUAUCUGUCAGCCGGCAGCCCUCGCCUAUCGUUCUUCGACACUCUAUGGCGCAACAGAACAGGCCGUGGGAGGCGCAGUCGCGAUCGCCUCACUGUCAGUUGGCUUCGCCGCAUCUCUGGCUACUUUAUCGCUCACCAUCAUCUUGUACGCUAGCCUGCCAUUCUGGUAUCUUUGGGAGGCGCAGCGCCGCAAGCGCAAGUAUGGGCACGCCAUGCCCCUGAAGGCGCUCGAAGAUGCGUCUCACGCAAUGGUCAGCGAUGAGGCCAAGGCUCGGGAGCAGCAAACGCAGAUGAUGGAGGAGAAGGGAGCUGUUGCGGAUGUUGAGACGGCUAGCCAUGUUGAGGAGCUUGCCGAAAAUGAUAGCAAGCGCGCUCGGUGA